AUGGCCGCGGCCGCGGCGGGAGGAGCCCCGGGCCCCGCCGCCCGCGCCCCCGGCCCCGGCCCCGGCCCCGGCCCCGGCCCCGGCCCCGCCGCCCGCGCCCCCGGCCCGCCCGCGCCGGGGCCCCGCCGGCGCGGGGACUCGCGGCGCCGCCAGGCCGCGCUCUUCUUCCUGAGCAACAUCUCCCUGGACGGGCGCCCCCCGGGCCGGGGCCCCGGCGGGGAGAAGCCGCCGCCCGCGCCGCCCGCGCCCCUCGCGCCCGCCGCGCCCGCCGAGGCCCCCGGCCCCGCGCCGCCGCCCGCGCCCCCCGCGCCGCCCGCGCCGCCCGCCGGCCCGCCCGCGCCCCCCGCCGGCCCGCUGAGCCCCGCGCCCGCCGCGCCCGGCCCCGGCCCCGGCCCCGACGGCCCGCGCCAGCGGAGGCGUGUCGCUUCCCAGCGCUGCUCCCUCGAGUUCCUGGAGGACACCCCGGGAUCUGCCCCGGGUCCAAGGACCAAGCACAGCUCGGGCUCGCCCAGGCACAAAGGCCUGAAGAAGACACAUUUCAUCAAGAACAUGAGGCAGUACGACACCAGGAGCAGCAGGAUCGUGCUCAUCUGCGCCAGGCGGUCCUUGUGUGCGGCCUUCUCGGUCCUGCCCUACGGAGAGGGCCUGCGUGUGAGUGACCUGCGGGCGGACAGUCAGAAGCAGCGGCACCCGUCGGGCGGCGUGGCUGUGGCCUCCGAGAUGGUGUUUGAGCUGGAAGGAGUGGAGCUGGGAGCCGACGGGAAGGUCGUGUCCUACGCCAGGUUCCUGUACCCGACCAAUGCCCUGGUGACACAGAAGACUGACGGCCACAUCCCGCUGCCCCCGCCACGGCCCAGCGUCCCCCGGGCUCUGCCUGCGCCAAGAUGCAAGCCCGCCCCCACCAAGGUGGUGCCCACCAGCUCGGAACUCGGGAGCGAUGCGGGGGACACACUGGAGUACAACCCCAACCUCCUCGACGACCCCCAGUGGCCGUGCGGGAAGCACAAGCGUGUGCUCAUCUUCGCGUCCUACAUGACCACGGUCAUUGAGUACGUGAAGCCCUCAGACCUCAAGAAGGACAUGAACGAGACCUUCCGGGAGAAGUUCCCGCACGUCCGGCUGACCCUGAGCAAGAUACGGAGCUUGAAGCGGGAGAUGCGCAGCCUCUCGGCCGAGUGCAGCCUGGAGCCGGUGACCGUGUCCAUGGCCUACGUGUACUUCGAGAAGCUCGUGCUGCAGGGCAAGCUCAACAAGCAGAACCGCAAGCUCUGCGCGGGCGCCUGCGUGCUGCUGGCCGCCAAGAUCAGCAGCGACCUCCGCAAGAGCGAAGUCAAGCAGCUCAUCGACAAGCUGGAGGAGAGGUUUCGCUUCAACCGCCGCGACCUCAUCAGCUUCGAGUUCACGGUGCUGGUGGCCUUGGAGCUGGCCCUCUACCUCCCCGAGCCCCAGGUCCUACCUCACUACCGCCGCCUCACCCAGCAGUCCUAGCCCGGCGGCUCGGCCUCCCCUCGGCGUCCCGUCGCCCGCCCCUGCUGGACGGACGCCCGCUGGCCCGGGCAGAGCCCCGGAAGCAGCUCAGCCUGACCGUGGCCUGGGCCCACGCCGUGUCACUGUGCGGCCGUCCUGGGCACCCGGGCCCAGCCGCCAACCCCAAAGCAAUAGCACGGGAGCCCGCGCCUGCGAACCCGGGACUAAGGGAACAGGAGCUGGCCGGCUCCCGCAGGCCCCCCAGCCCCCUGCCCGGUUAUUUAACUCCCAGGCCGAGGCUGGUGCACGGCC